CGGAGCCCGAGGCCGCCCCGGCCCGCCGGUGAGGUGCCCCCCAGCACCCAGCCCGAGCCCCCCGCCCGGAGCACCAUGAACAAGCUGCCUUUCCACAACAACAGAGUCAUGCAGGACCGGCGCAGCGUGUGCAUCUUCCUCCCCAACGACGACUCCCUCAACAUCAUCAUCAACGUGAAGAUUUUGUGCCAAGAGUUACUGGUGCAGGUGUGUGACCUCCUGAGGCUGAAGGAUUGCCACCUCUUCGGGCUCAGCGUCAUCCAGAACAAUGAGCACGUGUACAUGGACCUGGCCCAGAAACUCUACAAGUACUGCCCCAAGGAGUGGAAGAAGGAGGCCAGCAAGGUCAGCGGUGAGGUCUUGCAUGGAGAGCUGACGGCAGUAAGGCCACCUCUGUCCCCGUCGCAGGGGAUCGACCAGUUCGGGCCCCCGAUGAUCAUCCACUUCCGAGUGCAGUACUACGUGGAGAACGGGCGGCUCAUCAGCGACAGGACGGCUCGGUACUACUACUACUGGCACCUGAGGAAGCAGGUGCUGCACUCGCAGUGUGUGCUGCGGGAAGAGGCUUAUUUCCUGCUCACUGCCUUCGCCCUCCAAGCCGACCUGGGAGACUUCAAGAGGAACAAGCACUACGGGAAAUACUUCGAGCCCGAGGCUUAUUUCCCUGCCUGGGUGGUGGCCAAGAGGGGCAAGGAUUACAUCCUGAAGCACGUGCCCAACAUGCACAAGGACCAGUUUGCCCUGACGGCCUCGGAAGCCCAUCUCAAGUACAUCAAGGAGGCUGUCAGGCUGGAUGACGUGGCCGUGCACUACUACAGGUUGUACAAGGACAAAAGGGAAGUGGAGGCCUCCCUGACUCUGGGGCUGACAACACGGGGCAUCCAGAUUUUCCAGAACCUGGAUGAGGAAAAGCAGCUGCUCUACGACUUCCCGUGGACAAACGUGGGGAAACUGGUUUUUGUGGGCAAGAAGUUCGAGAUCCUCCCGGACGGGCUGCCCUCGGCCCGGAAGCUCAUCUACUACACGGGCUGCCCGCUGCGCUCGCGCCACCUCCUGCAGCUGCUGAGCAGCAGCCACCGGCUCUACAUGAACCUGCAGCCCGUGCUGCGCCAGGUCCGCAGGCUGGAGGAGAACGAGGAGAAGAAGCAGUACCGGGAAUCCUACAUCAGCGACACCCUGGACCUGGACAUGGAGCAGCUGGAGAAGCGCUCGCGCGCCAGCGGCAGCAGCGCCGGCAGCAUCCGGCACAAGCGGCUGUCCCGGCACUCCACCGCCUCCCACAGCAGCUCCCACACCUCCGGCAUCGAGGCCGACCCCAAACCCCGGGAGAUGUGCCCCGAGGACGGAUUCUCCGGCGCCGGCGCCCACCGCAAGCUGAAGACCUGCAGCUCCAUGACCAGCCACGGCAGCUCCCACACCUCCGGCGUGGAGAGCGGCGGGAAGGACCGGCUGGAGGAGGAUUCCCAGGAUGACGAAAUCGAGAUGCUGGUGGAUGACCCCCGGGAGCUGGAGCAGGCUGGGGAGAUGGAGGUGAGCCCCGACAUGUGCGUCUACAUCACCGAGGACAUGCUGCUGUCCCGCAAGUUCAACGGGCACUCGGGGCUCAUCGUGAAGGAGAUCAGCUCCUCCACCUCCAGCUCCUCGGAGACGGUGGUGAAGCUGCGGGGGCAGAGCACCGACUCCUUACCCCAGACCACGUGCAGGAAACCCAAGACGUCGACGGACCGGCACAGCCUGAGCCUGGAUGACAUCCGGCUCUACCAGAAGGACUUCUUGCAGUUGGCCAACCUGUGCCAGGACACGGCGCAGAGCUUCACCUUCGGCUGCGCCCACGGCCUGGACGAGGACGGGCUCUACUGCAACGGCUGCCUGGCCCAGCAGUGCAUCAACAUCCAGGACGCCUUCCCGGUGAAAAGAACCAGCAAAUAUUUCUCCUUGGAUCUCACCCACGACGAGGUGCCCGAGUUCGUGGUCUGAGCGCGGGGAGGCUCCGACGCCGCCUUUCCCCCCAGCCCCGCGCCCGCUCUCCCUGCAAACCGUGGGAAGCGUGGUGCUGGAGGGUUGUCGGGAUGAGGGGCGGGACGGGGAUCCCCGGGCACGGGGUGGAUUCCGGAGGAGUUUGUGCCAAACACGAGUUGUCUUACUGCGACUGAGGAGGGAGGAGCGUGGUUCAGCUGGAGCCUCUGGCGGGACCCCACCCGCGUUUUCUUGCGGCCUCUCCCCCUCCUUGCCCCCAGGUGACGCUGGGGUGGCUGGAAAGUGCCGGACUGUCGUGUUCAAGCCAAGCCAAAGAAAUGUAAAUAACCCUAAAGGCCAGUAUGGGACGGGAGAAUUAAGCAAUAACCAGCCAGGGAUCUCCGGGGCACGGUGAUGUUCCAUGGAGGAAGGCAUGGCCAGCAGCUCCUGGGGCAGAGCAUGAGCCCAGUUUUUCCAAAAAACACGUGCUGGAGGUCAGGCCACAGCGGUCCCAGCCAGGUGGAUGAUGGCUGGAAGUUCUUAGAGCCAUUUGCAAUUUGUUUUUUAUCUUUUUCUUUUUUGGGUUAUUUUUUUUGUUGUUGUUUUUUUGGUUUUUUUUGAGCACAAAACCACAAAACCAAAAAGAAAAAAAAGCCACGAAACCCCCAACCCCCUCCAAAAAAAAUAAAAGAAAGCAAAGGAGGAUGGAAGAAAAUCAGUGCCCUCUAAGGAUAAUGCAAUAAUGCAUCCCAAACAUUGAACAUCUAGAGAACACAUAUAUAAAUAUAUCGAGGUAUGUAUGUUUAUAUAUGUCUGGAUCUUACAGACCCAUUUGCGUUUUACUCCUGCUCUGAAACACCUUCUCUGCAAAGGAUCCGCCUCUCCUCUUUCACGAACUCUGUCAACAAUCCCGUUUUUUUUCCCCCUAAGCGCUGAGGUGAGAAAGAAAAGAGACUUUCCUCUCGAGGAGAACGUGCAUCCAACUUGCCUUGUCCGCGUGGCUCUUCCCGCUGCAUCUCCCUCCUCUUCUUCCCGAGGCUCUUCACGCCUCUUUAGGUGUCUUACAGCUGGAAUAAUCCCGCCAGAGGAUGCUGGUGACACGCUAGGAAAAUCUGAGGGCGGUUUCUGAGCGUGUCCCAGGGAAGGCAGAGACAGCCCAGGUGGAAUGUUGCCCGUCGGUACCGGAGGGUGAAGCGUUGCGGAGUUAAUUAUCACAGCACAAUGCCUUUGUAGUGGAUAUUUUUUAAUUAGAGUUUAGCCAUUGACAGCCAAAGGUUUGCCAUAUUUUGAUAUAACACCG